UGCGAAAGACGCCUUUUGAGGAAAUAGAGAACGUCCUUUUUCUCUGGUUUAAGCGCGCGCGAAGUGCUAAUUUCCCGAUCAGCGGCCCCAUCCUCGAAGAAAAGGCUGGAGAGAUUGCGUCUCAGUUGGGAAUAGAUAACUUCAAAAUGAGCGACGGUUGGCUCAGCCGUUUUAAAAAGCGCCACGGCCUAGUCUUUAAGACUAUUUCUGGGGAAGGUGCAGCAGUCAACAGAAACCUUUGUAGCAACUGGCAGCAGGGGCGGUUGCAGGAAAUUCUGCAAACCUUUGAAGCACGAGAUGUGUACAACGCCGACGAGCUGGGACUGUUCUACAAGGCGCUCCCGACCAAGACUCUCACCUUCAAAGGGGAAACUUGUACUGGGGGUAAGCGGAGUAAAGAGCGCAUCACAGUGCUGGUUGGUGCCAAUAUGGACGGCAGUGAUAAGUUGAGGCUGGUGGUAGUGGGAAAAGCGCAAAACCCUCGUUGUUUCAAGGGUGUGGUACUGCAAAGUCGAAGAAAGCAGCAAAGAAAAGCAGAGCGUGGAAAACUACGAGGACAAAAGAAGCAGCAGGACAACGUAUCCAGUGGGCGCCACUCCUCUGUGUGUAGUAAAGGCAUCCGGGAGCUGCCCGUCACUUAUUAUGCAAACAGAAAAGCGUGGAUGACGCAAACGAUUUUCGAAACCUGGCUGCGAGAACAGGAUGCGAGAUUUACCCGUGAGGGCAGGAAAGUCGUCUUUAUUGUAGACAACUGCCCCGCCCAUGGUGAAGUGGAUGGGCUUAAGUCGAUCAUCCUUGAGUUCAUGCCACCGAACGCAACUGCAGUAAUCCAGCCAAUGGACCAAGGCGUUAUUCAGAACCUGAAAGUCUACUACCGCCGCCAGCUACUCCACCGAAUGCUUCUUUGUGCAGACAGUGGGAAAGAUUAUAGUGUGAACUUGCUUUCGGCACUUCACAUGCUGACCUAUGCCUGGGAGCAAGUUAAAGUCUCAACCGUGCAAAGAUGCUUUCACCACGCUGGCUUCGCAAGGCAAGAAGUCAUUCCAGAGGAGGAAGGGGAUACUGCUGAUGCUGAUGCGGCUGAUGCUGACAUCCUUUUCGGUCAGCUGGUAUCUUCCACUUCUUUCACACGACAAGAUUAUGAAACGUUAGAUGCAAACGUCACCACGUGUCGUGAAGAGAGCAUUGAAGAGCUGGUAGCUGAAGUUCAAGGUGAGGAGGCCUCAAGCUCCAGUGAAGAUGACGUGGAAUGCAAUGACCCCGGUCCUGCUGCAGUGCCAGACUGCACAGCGAGGGAGGCUGUUGCUCUCUUGCAGCGCUACUUUGAAUCUGAAGGCUGUGCGGAAUUUCUGCGCAACCUCCAAGGCAUGCACACCUACUUCGUCAAAAAGCGAUUACAAAAUGCAAAACAAACUACCAUUACCUCUUUUUUCUAGUCAGCUACAUUAGCUGGACAUCAUGCUUGUGAAAUAAAGUCAUAUUUCACUCA